GGAAGCGUUCAGAUGUUUUGGCGGUUGUUGUAGGUUAUUUAUCGGCUAACCUAUUUUCGGUGAUGUAUAACCAUUAAAAUAUUAGUGACAACAUUAACCUAACGGGAUUAUCUCGAAAAUCGUGCAUUUAAUUGAGAUACGCCGUUUUGCAGCGGCGUCGAGUAGCGGCGAAAUUAUUGAAUUCCGUCUAAUCACAACAGUCCAAACGACAAGCAGCCAUUUGCUAAAGUAAAGUGAAGGUCGACGCUGAAACAUCGUAAAGCUUGGUUAGGUUGUCGUUUUGUGUUUUAAUUUCAUUUUGAUAAUGUUCUCGCACACAUAACAAUGGAGGAAUCUUUUGGGUUACACUGGGAGGACUCGUCGGCAGUGGUCCAAGGGGAGGAGGUAAUUUGCGGCAUAGAAAGCGACAUCCUCCCAGGGGAGACCGCUGAGUUCUCGGAAGUGGCCGAAGAGGUCGUGGAGGAGACCCCCCAAAACGGGGAGGAGAUAAUGUAUCUGAACGAGGGGCAGGUUGUCGUGAUGCAGCCAGGGCAGAUGGACCCUGCUUAUCAGGAGUACAUGGAGGUUUCCGAGGAGGUUGUUACGGAUCAGUGGGGUGAGAGUUGCCCGGAAGAAAUAGUGGUGGGUUCGGAGGAGGCGGUCGGCGGCCCGGAAGGGCAGGCGCCGGAAGAUUGCGACGUUCCGCUUCCGGAUCAGGACGAGUAUACCGCCGCGAGACCGUACCCUUGCGAUUUUUGCAGCAGGAGGUUCAGAAAAAAGGCGAAUUUGAUGAAUCACAUGGUUGCUCAUCAAACUGACAGGCCGCACGGAUGCAAUCUAUGUGGGGUCCGGUACAUCCGCAAGUGCGACCUGAUGAACCACCUGAAGAUCCACGCGUACAUUCCUGAGGCGGACGGGCUCGAGGAGGACGAGCAGACGCUCGAAGACUCGGACGGCGGCGAUCGCAUCAAGAAGCGCAACAAGUCGUUCCAGAAGAAGCGCAAGCGGCCGCAGCGCGUAAUAAAGGAGGAGCUCGACGAGGACGCUUACGAGGCUGAGGAGGGCGGCGUGGCGGGUAGCUCGCGCCAGCACUACAACUACGUCGACGAGGACAUGCGCCUCAUGGAGCAGAUGGAGAACACCAAGAACGAGUACGAUUCCCGCGGGGGCGAGUACCUGGGCGGCGGCGAGGAGGAGCACGACGACGUCGACGAGGAGGAGGAGGAGAUCCGCUACGAGAUCACGGACCCGCGCAAGCCGUUCGUCUGCCAGCACUGCGGCGUGGGGUUCGCGCGCGAGAAGGCGCUGGCCUCGCACGCGCGCAUCCACGGCGGCGACUCGCCCUUCGAGUGCCAAAAGUGCGGCGACAUGUUCUGGGACGCUGCGUUGAUGAAGGAGCACAUGCGCACCAAGCACGGCGACGUCGACGACUUCGACGACGACGAGGACGAGGAUUACUCGGACGAGGACACCAAAUACGGUACGUUCUACUGCUCGACGUGCGGCUUGAGUUUUCACCGGCAAGACAACCUGCGCCGGCACCAGCGCGUGCACAUAAAAGAAGAGUACGUGAACGAGCACGAAUUCGGGCACAUCUGCAACGUGUGCGGCGAAUCCUUCCAGGAGGCGCUCGAUCUUCUCGCCCACGCGGAGAUCCACGCUCGCGGCUCCGAGCACCGCUGCAUGAUCUGCGGCGAGCUGUGCGCCGACGAGGACGCCGUCCAGGACCACGUGCAGAACAAGCACGGCAAGUCGCUGCCGCCGAACACGUGCCUGCUGUGCGGCAGGACGUGCAAGGACCGCCGCACGCUGCUCAAGCACUCGUGGGAGCACUCGAAGGAGAAGAUGUUCGCGUGCUCGAAGUGCGCCAAGACGUUUCACAACAAGGCGCGCCUCAAGCGGCACAUGCUCAGCCACAGGAACAAGGUGGUGCCGUGCGACGUGUGCGGGGAGGAGUUCCCCGACGGCAGGACCCUGAUGAACCACCGGCACAGCCACAGCAGCGUCUCCGGCAGGCAGUUUCCUUGCAGGGAGUGCGGCAAGACGUUCGGGUCGCGCAGCUCGCAGCAGAUCCACAUCCGCAUCCACACCGGCGAGCGGCCGUACGGGUGCCGCUUCUGCUGGAAGGCGUUCGCCGACGGCGGCACGCUGCGCAAGCACGAGCGCAUCCACACCGGCGAGAAGCCGUACGCGUGCGCGGUGUGCCCGCGCGCCUUCAACCAGCGCGUCGUGCUGCGCGAGCACAUCCGCUCGCACCACUCCGGUCCCGACCCCAAGUACAGCCACAGCAUGACGCCGUUCUGCUGCUCGGUCUGCUCGGACAUGUUCGCCACCUCGCAGGACCUCAUCCUGCACCUGAUACACCACUGCGACAUGAACACGGCCAUGAAGCGGCAGCCGCAGGUGGGGCCCAGGAAGUACAAGCGCAGGAGGAAGCUCAAGCCCCACGAGCUCGAGAUGAUCUCCAACAGAAACGUCGAGGAAGAGAUAGUGAUGGAAGAGGAGGAGCAAACGUUGAUGACGGAGUCGGACGAGGAGCGCGAGCAGCGCAAAAAGAUGCCGCAGCGCAAACCUAGGAAGGCGUCGUCCUCGUCCUCGCCCAGGCCGAGCAUCAGCGAAACGUACGCCGACGUGUACGCGAACGCAGGCGCCGCGCCCGCGCAACUCACGCCGACCAAGAAGAAAUCCAACAAGCCAGAGCCGGCCCUGCCCUCGCGCCCCAAAAUGAUACACACGCAGAAGACGAGGAUCGCCGUCGAGACCGGCGAAGACGGGAAGGUGCGCCACAAAACCAAAACGCUGGUGACGCGCACGCAGCCCACCGAGCUGAAAUCGGCUACGGGCGAGCGCAUCCGGCCGCGCACGAAAAACGUGAGCUACCACGUUUACAACGCGGACAAGCUGCCGCUGGCCACGUUCCCCGACGACGAAGACGAGGACGACGACGACACCGAGCGCGCGGUCAGCAACCUGCUGCGCGAGGAGAACCUCGACAACGGGGACGAGCCCGGCGACGGCGGCGGCGGCGGCGGGCUGGUCUACAUGGACCAGGUGGACCAGCCGCAGGAGAUCGCCGCCGAGCAGACGGUCGAGAGCGAGGGCCCCGUGCCGGUGGGCCUGGUCAAGAUCAACAAGGUGCCCAGGAGGAGCGGCAGACCCACCAGGCACAUUCUCGGACCGGGUAGCAAGGUGCGCAUCGUGAAGGGCGGCAUGAUCGUGAGCAAAACGAAAAACAAGCGGCACCUGCAGCAGCAGCAGCCUUUGCAGCAGCCGGAAGAGGAGCCGGAGAGCAUACUUCCGGACGUGGGUCCGCCCGCGAUGGUGAUAAAGCAGGAGAUGAUCGAGGCGUCGCCGCUGCACGAGCUGGCCGAGAUCUCGAUGCAGCACGCGCAGAACCUCUUCAAGUGCGAGAUGUGCAGCGAGGUGUUCUCGGACCGCGCGCAGCUCCUCGUGCACGUGCCCGUGCACAUCUGAUGCUGAUAAGAUUUUUCAUACCCACCCAGUAGUUAUUUUUUUAUUAAUCGACGUAAUCUUAACUCUCACUCACACUUCAUUGGAAUUCACUCUCGUUACUUUUCUUUCUUCUAUUAAUAUUAUUAUUGAUAUAGUUCGUUUUUUACUUUAUGUUAAAGUAAAAAAUUAAGAGGUUUAUAAUUGAUACGUGUAUAUUUCAUUGCGGAAUAUAAUUAUUUUAACUAUGUGUCUUAAUUAUGUAAAUAUUAUGUUAGUGUCUCUAGAGGCAGUGUAGCACGCCUUGUUUGCUGUAUCUUUCUUGACAGAAUAAAUAUUUGGUUAGGCAUUGUUGUUUUUUAUUUCAAUUACCCUCCCCUUCAAUUUUUAAUCCUUCCCAAAAAAUCCUU